AUGGAUGUAACAAGAGGUCCUAGUAGUGUUUUUAGUAAAGAAGAAGAAAAAGACAUUGUCACUUGGAUCUUCAAUAUGAGCAGAUGUGGAUUUCCAAUCGAUAAACAGCAUUUACUCGAUACNAUACAGAAUAUUGUACAAAAAACUGACAGGAAAACACCUUUCACUGAUGGUAGACCAUCCAAACAUUGGUACAGUGCUUUUUUGAGAAGAAAUCCAGAGCUCUCCGAGAGGAUGUCUCAAAAUUUGACCAAAGCAAGAUCAGAAGUUUCAAGAAAGUCUUUCGAAGAUUGGUACACUGAAGUUGGUGGAUACCUUGAAGAAAAAAACUUGAAAGACAUUGAUCCCAGCAGUGUAUUUAAUCUAGAUGAAUCUGCAUUUAUGUUGUGUGCGAAGAGUGGUAGGGUGUUAGUGUCAAAAGGAAUUAAAAGUGUAUACAAUGUGUGCAAAAGUGAUAAGGAGUGUUACACAGCAUUGAUUGGGGGUAAUGCAGCAGGCACUCUUCUUCCCCCAAUGAUUCUGUACAGUUAUGAGAGAAUACCUAAAACGAUUGCAAACAAUUUUCCAAAUAGUUUCAUCAUAGGAAAAAGUGAUACUGGCUGGAUGACAAGUAGUACAUUUUAUUCGUACAUAGUGAAUCACUUCCAUCCUUGGUGUAUUAAAGAAAACAUACCUUUUCCGGGAAUUAUUUAUGUGGAUGGGCAUAGUUCCCAUUUAACCAAAGCAUUAAGUGAUUAUUGCUGUGAUAAUCAAAUUGAGUUGAUAGGACUCGUGCCAAAUGCUACUCAUUUACAUCAGCNCAUNGAUGUUGGCCUUUUUCACGUAUUAAAAAAUGCUUAUAAAAACAGGCUCAGAGAGUGGAGACAAAACCAUGAUGGCCAAUAUCCAACAAAAGUUUUUUUUCCAACGGUGUUGGAGAAAGCUUUAAGUGACUUGGACUUAAAGGAAAUUCUUAAAAAUUCCUUUGAGAAAUGUGGUUUGCAUCCUUUUAAUCACAAUAGUAUAGAUUACUCAAAAUUGAUACCAUAUGAUCCUGUACGUAUCAUCAGUAAUGAUCAAAACCAUGAUGAACCAUCGCCAACUGUCUCAUCACCUCACCAACUAUCUCACAACAUUGAAUCUAUGAUAAAACCAGAUGUUUUGAAGAUGUUUAAAGAGAAUGUAAGUCCAGACUGGAAAGGAUCUAUUGAAUACAAGAAAUUAUUUGUUGUUUGGCGUCAGUGUAUUAAUCAAUCAAGUAACAAAGUGAGAGGUGCUGAACCUUUAUGCACAUCAAACAUUAACUGUCAGUCAAGUGUGAAUACUGGGUGUCAACUACACAAAAAUGGUUCAUUUGAAGUCACUGUAACUAACAAUACCGUGACAUCUCAAGUUCCUGAGGAAAUUGUCAGUGAAUUGGUGCAAGAUGGCAUAGUAGAGACAGUACAAUUAAUUGAGCAUCAUUUAGAUGUGGAUAAUUCUUGUACGCCAAACAAUGUUGAAAGUUCUUCGCUCAAUAAUAGAUUUGAUAACAGCUUAUCGCUGAGAAACCAAAGUAUUCUUAGGGACUUGCACAACAUUGAUCAUUCUCAAAAGGAUGAAUAUCAUGAAAAUGAUGGUGGUAGUCCUCUUAAUUUAAGUGUACCUCAUAAGAAUGAAAGAGCCUUCCCUGAGCCUGAUUUUGGACCCCUGUCGAAGGAGCAUCUGAGAACGAAUACUGAUGGACAAACGCUCAAGAAUGAUCACAAAUCAAGAUUAUCUCCACAAAAAGCUUUUUUGAGCAACAAUAUAAAAAAUUACCUCAUGUAUCCAAAACCAAUAAGUAAUGAGAACAAAAAAAAAGACUAAAGUAAAAAAAGAAAAAUUACCAGCUACAGCCACAAGUCUGGAAUGGAGAUGUUAUCAUGAUUUGAAAGAAAAACAAAAAGCACAAGAUAAAUUGGAAAAAGCUGAAAGAAAAAAAAUCAAAGAAGAAAAUCUUACAAUAAAAAAGGAGUUUGAAGAAAAAACUUGAAGAAUUUAAGGUCUGACAAAAACGAUUGUCAAAAAGAAAUAUGUCUUUUAAAUGCUAAAAUCACAAAAAAUAAGGCCGAAUUAAAGUUAUUACUUUUGAAUUUAAAAAAUAAGCAGAGUGAGUUUUCUGAGGACGAAGCAAAACUGCAAAUCAACAAUUUCAAUGACUCCAUUCGAAGUGACCAAAAUCAGCAGCAACAAUUAAAGAGAAAAAUUGAAUCGCUAAAUUUGAAUAUAAAAAAUUUCAAAUUAAAUAAUGAAAAAA